CCAAAACCACGCCCGCGCGGCAACUCAGUGUGUCGCGCGCCUCAUCAGCAUUGUACUCUCGGUAGUUGGUGAUAGUGGUGCUGCAACGGACAGAAGUUGUCAGUUGCUCCUCUACCUCUAGUUUUUGUAGCAUUUAGUUAAACUAAAGCACGGUUUGUCGUCGCGGUGGAUGUCAGGGAGUUAGAAAGCUGCAUUGACGCCGUUAAAGGAUCACCAACUAGCGUUAAAACCGUGGAGAAGUUAAGCGUUGGUGGUGGGACAGUUGGGGUUUAAAGUUCACCAGUUGAAGCCAAUUACCGUUAAAACCGGUAACUACCGUUGAAAAGUUAACCGUUAGUGGGGGAACCGUUGGGUUUAAAGUUCACCAAACUGAAGCCAACUACCGUUAACUACCGUUGAAAAGUUAACCGUUAGUGGAGGGAACGUUGGGAUUUAAAAGUUGAGCUAACAGUUAGCAUCACUAGCUAACUUAGCAGCUAGUUAGCUUCACACCUUAAACAGUUUCCUCACAAUGGAAGAAGCUGUGUGUCAACCACGACGUGCCCUGAUGGAGAUACCUGCUCCACAGCCCAAAAUAGCAGCUCGGAUGAGGAGGUCCUAUCUGGAGAUACUGAGUGCUCGUCUGACUCCUUCUCCUCUUCCAAGAGGGAGAAACACAGCUGCAAACACAAAGAGAGGGCACUCAUUGGACCUGUCCAUCGGCGGGGUGUGGAGUGGGAGGCUAGAGGAGCAGUGUGACAAGAUGGACGAGCACCACACCCCUCUCACCAAACAGCAGCUCGUACAGCUAAUCAGAUCCCUCAUCUUAGUUGAACAGAGCCUAGAGCCCAGGGUCCUAGCGUCCGACCUGAAGUACCUCCAGGACGACCUGCAACUAAAGAAAGCCAACGUGUACAGGUCCAUACCCUACUCGCGGCUCGGCUCCAACAGGGACGCUCACUGCUACAGGAAGGCGUAUCCUCACUUAGUCGCGUUCAAAGUUUCGUGUCAGGAGUGGGGCCAAGUUCUCCUGAGGAACAAAGAGUGGGACACCGCGUUGGAGCACACACUAAUGGCGUGGCGCUACACCAGCGAGUUGCCGCAGUGGGACACGGCGAACCACAACGCUCUCCGAGAACAGUGUUACAGCAUUUUGGCAGCUCACAGCGUCACCGCUCUCCAGCACUACCACCCUGAACCCAACAGAGGACGCGAGCUGCUCAGAAGGUUGAAUAUGGCUCAGUUGCACAGCCAGUCAAUUGUGCCCUGCAUUCAGGAGUUGCGGAGGAUUAUGGGAUGUGCUGACGACUCCUCCAUGGACACAAAAUAACACGGGAAAACGCUUUCUGGCUACACCCAAGUGAAAAGUGUGCUUUCUAGAAAUAAUUUAUACGCGGGCCAAAAAACAUUUUACAUGCUGGUGUUUGUUUGGAAAAACCACAACAGUAUUCUUCCAAAGGGCAGGGUAGCAGCUGAGAAUGUGCCUCCAAACAAUACAGGGUUCAAAAGGUAAUGAAAACUACCUUCUGAAUGGUUGAUAUGUAAUAAACCCUCUUAUUUAUUCACACUGCAAUUUUUAUAUCAACUGGAAAGUAUUGUGAAGAGUGUAACAUUUGUUGCAAGGCACACCUCGUAAUGUAUUUAUGUUCAUAUGUUAACCUGUUUUCUUUUUAGAGAAGCAUUCAUUCUGAGAAAUGUUGCGUUCACUUGGUGCUGGCAGCGAUAAUAAUUAAAUAUUUGUAUAAUUUUGUAUAGAAUAACUUUUGCAUUGACCAAUGACAUGUUAUAUGGCCUUCCUUGUAGCUUUAUAAGGGUGUGUGUAUAUAUGUCUUCACAAUACUUGAAACUGCGGCCUUUGCCGUCUUUGACUAUGUUUUAUAUGUAUGUCUUGUUUAUAGAGAAUCGUCUGUCACUGAUUGCACUGUCGCUGUUUGUCCUGAAAACUUGAAAUCUUUUGAGAAAAUAGACCCCUAAUUUCAAUAAAGUCGUUAAUUUGAACUAUUGAAA